AUGAUGGCGGAGGCGGCAGCUGACGAGGCGCCAGAGAACCCGGCGGCCGACGCCACAGGCGAGGCCGACGACGCGGGCGGCGCCGUGAUCGCCCCUCCCGAGCUACCGCCCGAGGCGUGGAGCGCGAUCGCCGACGCUGUGCAAGACUUCAAGCAGCGCUGCCUGCUCCGAUGCGUUUGCCGCGCCGCGCGCCCGUUGGACGUGUCGAUGCCGAUCGAUCGCGAGAGCAAGUACAGCGUGUAUCACACCCGUAAGGGGCUGGGUGACGCCAUGGCUGCCGGGAUCGCCGCGCUCGUGCCGCUGGCGCGCAACCAGAAGCUGCUCUAUCUCGAGCUGUGGGGCAACCACAUCGGCCGCACCGGGGCGGCGGCGCUCGGCCUCGCGCUGGAGGCCAACCCUCCCCUCCAGCAGCUCGACCUCCGCGGCAACGCGCUCGGCGACGAGGGCGCGACCGCCCUGAGCCAGGGGCUGCGGCCCAACGCGCGGCUGCAGUGCCUCCGGCUGGACGAGAACGCGAUCAGCUGCGCGGGCGCGGGCGCCAUCGGCGCGGCGCUCAUCUCAUCCCAGAGCAGCGGCCUGCGCGGCCUCGGCCUCGGAAAGAACCUGGUCGGCGACGAGGGCGCAGAGCUGCUCUCUGCGGCGCUGCUUGGCCACAACCCGCGCCUCGGCGACACCGGCGCCGCUCGUUCGGGCUCGCUCGGCGGCUGCAAUUGGUACAAUGGCACCGUGACCGAGGUGCGCAGCGACGGCCGCUUCGACAUCUGCUACGACGACGGCGACACGGAGCAGGCGGUGCCGCCGGAGUUUGUCAAGGUCGGCUCGUCGAGUGGCGCCGGUCGGCCGCCCGCCAAGCGAAAGGCUGCCGGCGGCGGAAAGGCUGCUGCUGACAAGGGCGCGGGGCGAGCCAACGGCGUCGGCGGCUCCUCGGCGGCGGGCCAGAAGCGCAAGCUCUCGAAGGUGGACGAGGCGGACUGGCUCGAGUCGCGUUUCUCGCCGCUCGCCGCCGAGUCGUCCAAGCUGGCGCGCGGCGUUGCCGACGCUUUCGCCGAGCUGCCGCCCGAGGAGCAGGCGCGGCUGCUGCCGCUGCUGCCCGAGUGCGACCGCGACCCGGCGGCGCUGCAGCGCGCCAUGCGCUCGGAGCAGCAGCAGCAGCUGGCUUCUGGCGAGUACGACCCGGCGUGCGCGGAGAUGGUGCGGGCGCGUCGCUCGGCCGCCGAGCGCAAGGCCAAGCGUGCGCAGGAUCUCGGCCGUGAGAGGUUGCGCCAGGCGUUCCAUUUCACUGUGGCACAGCUCGCGUUAUACAAAACCUUGAUUUUGACCAUUGCGCGAAAAAUGUACCUCUCGGCGGUGCCUUCCAGAGGCAGGAGCUGCGACCCCGCCGAGUAG